AAAUUAAUGUAAACGUUAAAGUUAGUCAAGUUAGCGAAGCUGCUAGGAGUGAUACGGCGCGUGGUUCCUUCAGAAGCAAGCAUGCUACGGACCUCAGCUACCGGUGGAGGUAGCGCCACACCGUAAUGCUUUCGGUGGGCUAUCUCUACGAUUGGAUGGUCCGCUAGAGCCGUCAGCAGAUCGUACGCUGUGACCGAGAAGUGUAUCAAUUCACUCACGAUUCACGAACCGAGAACCGUUCGCUUGGUUUUCUGGCGAGAAGUCGACCAUUAAUGAUCUUCAAUUGCAUUUCUGUUGCUCUCGCACAAAACUACUCAGUCGUCGCUUCGGGAACGUGAAUUAACGCAUGGAACGCUUGUUCCUCCGCAACACCUUUCGCUUGGCUUAGUGGCUACAAUUUGCCUUCAACGUUUAGUGACAUUUGGACCAACUUACUGGAACUGGUAUUGUUCCCAUGACCCAACGCGAACGGAUAACCUGAUAACUAUAUGACAUUUUAUUAUUGCUAGCAAAACGAUGAUCAGUUCGGUCAGUUCCGGUGUCCCUCAUCCACUCGAUGGGCGAACUUUAGCUUUAGCUGCUUUUCCCCAAUUCUUUCCUCUUCUAAUCGAUCGGAACAAACAAAAAGAAAAGGGGUAGCUAAAGGCUAAUCUAGUCUACGGCUCAUCUUCUCGUUUAUUAAGGGAGCCAUCCUUUUGAAAAUAUUAUCUACGAGUCCAGGGCAGCGAGAACCGAAUGUGAGAAAGUGUGGAAAUGCACCACAGUGUGCAGCAAAUGAGAGGGAAGCAACGGAAGCAACAAAUUCAUCAACAAAAAUCUAAAACUAAAGACGCUGAAACCAAGUGCUUAUUUUGCAUCAUUUGACAUAUCAAACGUAGUGAAAAUACGAAACUAUGAUAGUAAGGUAGCGGAGAAUGGUGAAAUUGGAAGCUACAUCGAGAAAGAGAGAAAGAGAGAGAGAGAGAGAGAGUGCACCGAAGGCGCAAAUGAAGUAGUAAAACUGCGGGCAUGAGAAUAUGGACCAAGUCCAUCGGGAAUCGGGAUGGAUGGGACCGACAUUAAACAUAUAUUCUCCACACAAAAAUGAACGCUACCCGUUCGUACACUCCGAUGCACGUAAGCCUUCACAUCGAGUAGUAGCAGACGAAAACGGAGCAACUGCUUUCGAUGAUUGUAGCAAACUCAAACUAUUUUGAAUUCGUAAGGCUACUCGCGUAAGGUGCAACGAGAUCAGAGAUUUCGGAGUUCGACCGAAUGCCAGACACGGCACGGAAAGCAUCCUACCCAUUUCGGCUUAGCUGAAUGGCUCCAUUUGAAUCAUAGGCACUCAGGUGGUUCCGUACCUUCGGUAUCAACUGAGAUGUGUGACCGACUCAGUUCCUUCCUCUAGCCCUAGCUAUCUUAAGCAUGCAACUGAAUCUCGAUAUUCUAAACUUACACUUGAAAUCCUUAAAGCAAAACGGUUGCCAUUGGCGAUCCGGGGGUUGGUGCGCACACGGCGUACUCGGUGAAACGUGCCGAGGUACGCUGGGUUUGGGUUGGGCUUUUUCGCGAAUCUACGUUUUACUAACUCUCUGUCCCUGAAGAUUUUGAUACCUAGUUUAGCUGAAAGGCAUGGGAAAAGUAGAAGGAAGAGAAGCAUAGAAAAGGGGUUUGAGCAGGGAGCGAAUUUAGGGCUUCUUCAUUGCGUACGGUAUGCCUUAGCGAUCGUUUUUUGGGUAUGAGAGCUGCUAUCGAAGACCAACUAAAGCAAGGAAGGAAGCAACACGAUAAAGAACACCCGAAUGCUCGUGCAUCAAUACAAACUUUCCAAACCGAAAAGACAUUAAUAAUUAGUUCCACGGGCGCGUGUGCGUGAGUAUAUGUAUGGAUGGGUCUUAAGACCGUCAAAGAAGCUUACAUACAUCCAGAAAGCACUUCAACCACACACGGCAUCGCUGGCUGUAUCUAUGUAUAAAACAUGUAAGAUGGCAUGUAAUGGCGAUAGGCUAUUUCGUAAUUUACUAUUUUGUAACAUUGAUCGUAAGAAAACUAUCGAGUUACACGCAGUCUCAGGUGUGGUGGCACACAACCACUCACCUUACUCGCACUCACAAUCACACCAACGCCACAUAUGAUUUUAAAUACUGCCUGAUUGCAUCAUACUAAAAUAAAUGGGUUGAAUUACUGUAAAUGGAAUCAUUUCGCUAGUCGAGCGAUGCUAGCAUUAUUUCGUCAUUCACCGUUAGUACCCGUCUAUACACACUUCAUCUCCUUCCUAAGUGUUUAUGGAUCUGCUUGUUUGUUAAACUCUUCAAGACACCUAACCAUCCAUCCCUCAAGGAAUCACAAUCAUCCACGGAGCGCAUCAUCGUACUUACAUUAAUGUUGAAUAUAUACUACAAAAUAAACGAACAGCUCAGCUAAGAUUGUGAUUUACCAAAGACGAUAAAAUGGAACAUGUAGAAAUGGAAAAGUGGGAGCAAAGGAUACAAAAACUGACCGUGGAGCCGAUGUAUAUUAAAACGAAAGCUACAGAAUUCUGAUUCAAAUCCAGACAAAAAAAUAACACAAAAGCCCACAAUAUGUUUCUACGCCUAACGAUCAUGCACGUCCGAGGGAUAGUUUAUGAAUUGCUAAUGGAAGCAAAGCAAAAACGAAUCAAAUUUAAAUGAGGGCAAAUUAUAUUGGAUCACAUGUUUUGUUUUCAUACACAUCCAGCUCGUAAUAUGCAAACGUCGCAAUUCACUCGCAAUUAGUAACAGUUGGAUCAGUUUAGUAGACUGAAAUGUAAAAUCCGAUAUUCGAUAAACAGUUCAAUGGGGAAAAGAAGAGAAGGACACAAUAGAACAAAGCAAUUGAGAAUGGAUGAAAAAAACAUAGUAUAGCCAACUCUUGUCAAUCACACAGAAUGGUGAAUGCUAUGCAUUGUUGAAAAAUCAAAACAUUACUCCGAAAAUAAAUGCUUUGAAAUUAGACACAAGAGAACUACUCUAAAGAAACAGGUUUGCGUAAUAGCAACUUAUCGAAAGAUGCAUAAGCAAACCGUGCUCCUUAACGCAUUAGUAGAGGUUAGUCGGCAAGUGCACAUAGUAAUAGAAAGAGUGCAACCCGAGGGCAGAACAUAACGCAAGUCAACCUUUUUGUACUUUAAAGCUAAUGAUGCGUAUGCGAUCGUAGAUUACAGAAUGUAGCUACAACUGAGCGCGAGGCGAAAUGUAAUCCAUAAUGAUGCACCGAAGUCCUUACACAUAAACACACACACACACACAACCAAACCAAUCACUCCAAAUUCAAUUCACUUUGCAGUGCACAACCACAACGCAGCUGCGAAAUAGAAAUAUCCCUAUUUUUCACGACAUUUUUCACUACACUGAACGAGUACGGCGAUCGAGCAGUAUAGGAUUUGUAAAAGUAAAAAAGAAACACUAUUAAAUUAUUAAACUAAUGGUUAAAUUCAAAGAAAGCGAAAAACAAACAAACAAACAAACAAACAAACAAAAAAAUCAACAUGUACUAACUAUUGAUAACGUUCGAACAAUAUGGGUAAUAAGUAAGUGCGUAGAUGCACGCAGCUCCUCCAAGCUGCUAGGCAAACGCGGCCAUGGUCUCUAGAAAGAAGAUGAAUGAGUCCAGACCAGUACUAGCUUCAGACGAAGGUUCUGUCAGCCAGCAAACGCACGGAUGGGUGAACUGAAGGUGUUACACAACCAAACAAAUGAAAAUGCAAAACUCGAAGAAGCAGGAUAAGCAAACGAAAACUGGCGGGGGAAAAUAGUAAGUUAGUAGCUAAUGGGUGUAGUGCGGCAAGUGCUUAAACUAAAAGCGCGUGACACGUAAGCAAAUAAGGCAAAAGCAAAACAAGCAUACAGAAACCAACAAACUCAAACAAAGUUACAAAGCAACUUAUCGAAACACAUUUUACACAAGUGCGCAUAGAAAAGCAUACAAGCAAAAAAAGACUUUGAAGCCGUUGAACAAAGUAAACAACCAAGCAAAUAAAGUAAAUGACGCAAAACACUUAGAAACACAGUUUGAAAUUGAAACACUUUGAUUCACCAAAGCCCCCUAGAACUAUGUAGCUGCUAUCGACAUUCAAGGUUCACGCACACACCAAGGCGUAAUCGGAAUCAAGCACUCAGAACCUGUUUGUAAAGUGCAUGAUGUAGGCCAUUAACUAUAAAACUAGCCGGUCAGGUGCUCGAAAAUGAUGGGAAAACAAAUCAUCACUGCAUACAGAUCCCCGUUACUCGUAACUCCUGGCUAAAAUUUGUAGACGGCUCCACAUCAACACACAGAAAUAGAUAGUCACUAGUGCUGGCGCCUUAAAACACGUGAAGGAAGGCAGCGCAUCGCAAACCACACAGUUCGUCGAAAAUUGCCAGCCCGUGAGCCACACUCGCAGCAAAACAAAUGGGCGCCGAAAAUUGCCACAAAGUAGGCACCAUGCUAUCGUGCUCUGUUUUUUAUACAUAUGACUAUAUAUAAAUAUAUAUAGAUAUAUAGAUAUACUUAUAUUAUAGCGUAUUGUGGCGUGCAAAAACUGGCUGCUAAGCCGGUGGCGGAUCGGAGGUCGAAAGUAAUCUGCACAAUGAAACCGUACAGAAGAACAGAACCGGCACGCCCUUAACCUUAGCAAACACUGAAAAACAGAAACACAAGAACUUACACACAAAUCUAUACAGAUCAAGGGAACUCUGGUUGCGGAGGGUAAAUCAACAAGAAGAGGAGUAGGAUCUUUUUCAACGUCAUUUUUAAUGCUUUUGAUCCAAUUUCAUUUAUCCUUACACUAUCAUAGGAUUCAGAUUAGGACUGUCGAACAUAGUUUGGUAAAUCGUUUUAUUAAAAAGUUUCUCGCGGCACAAGCGCAUCGCAAAACCGGCACGUGGCUAUGGUUCGAAAACCACUACGCUUACGGAAUUCCGAUUGGCCUGUGCACUGAUGAGGGUUCCUCACUAUACCAAAAACCACGCAGCCAAAGGAAGCGGGCCCAAACAGACAAAAUCAACUCGAUCCUUCGAAUCGCCAACCCACAAUACACACGCGCCAAAAUACUUAAACCGAAGGGUACACCUAUUCCCACUGGCCUCUAAUGUUGGCACACAACGUCCACUUCAAGGUGCACACGACGCCUCACCUGCAUGUUGAUUAUUUCAUAAGUUCCAGUCUCCUGUCCCGUACCACUAUUUUUACUCAAUUUACUAAACACGAUGGCAUAACGGGAAACGCGAUGAAACAGGUAAACAUCCGGUGGGAAUAUGUGUUGGAUAGACGAACACGAAAAGAGCACCAACAGUAGUGGCACCAAACCAGGUAGCGCAAACGUGUAAAAAGAUGGACAAAUGAACAGGCAUAACACACAACUACAAUUGGUUAGUGGUGCAACUAACGAAAGCAAAUGCCAGCAGGCACCGAUGUGCUAGUGAAGAAUGGAGAUAAACAUUAAGCUCUAGUCUGGGGAUCAGCCCUAACUGAACAGCCCGCUCAGCCGGCCAGGAAGGAAAUAUAUAUAUAUAAAUAAAUUAUAUAUAUACAAAUAUAUAUAUACUUAUACAUACAAGUAUGUAAAAGAAGCAAAGUGGCAAGAAUUGCAAAACUGAGGUCAAACCAACAGGAGUUAAACAAAAAACCGAAAUGUUGUACGUCACGUUAUGUUUUUGAUUUUAUGAAUCCUAAAUAAACGAUUUUUUGAUUGA